UUAUAGUAUUGUAAUAUUACAUUUGAAAUUGUACUAUCAUUUACAAUGAAUUUUUGUAAUAUUUUCAUAAUAUUGUUCCAGCAUUUUGUGAUAACUAAAUACGCCGCAGGCAUCAAAAUUGAAUGCGAGUCGCCACUGGUUUUCAAUAUUCAGUAUGAAUUACCGCCAAUAGAAGCUCCGCACGCUACUAUUACGUUACCGGCUCCUACCUCAGGAACCAGUCCAAUAAUACAUAAGCUUUCAUACAAGGGUAUGAAUGGACCGGAAUAUUAUGAGCAUCCUACCACUUCGCUCCUGCCUGAAUCAGAGACCAGUUCGAACAUCUACAAAGCUCUUCUCCAAUACAAUGAGAUUAAUAAAAGAUAUUACAACUUUCUGAAGAGUAAAUCAACGGACUCGAAUCCAAUCACGUCGUUUCAAACCAGACAUUUACCAAGUCAGGACGUGUCUCAGAAUCCAAGUGUCUACAAUAUGAUACUUCAGUACAAUGAACGAAUAAAAUCAUAUUAUAAUUAUUUAAAAAGCAGGAACAAUAAGGGCGCAGACUUAUUCGUACCAAAGAUGGGACCUUCGGACAAAAUCGAUGUUAAUAUUAAAAAUGAGGUAUCAUACAAAGGAACGGUACCGGCUCUUGGAAAAGUAACAAUAGUGGGCAAGUUCGAGUGUCAAUAA